AUGCCAAUCCCCACGCGUUCGGUUCCAACACGCGAUCCCCGCAAGCAGCCGGCCACCGUCCGACGCACAGUCGCGAACCUGAAGCCUUCCUCCGCUGCCGCACAACUGACGGAGGAAACCGCAUCAAAAUCCACUCCUUCCACCCCUUCCACUCUGCCGACUCGUCGCCAAAGCCUCGUCCGACCGAGUCAAUUAAGGGUUCCGUCAUCUGUCAAACCUGGCGGGAUUCCUACCAGUGCAAGGACGCUUGGUCGAGGGCCAACAUCCACAGUCAAGCAGGAUGACAUCGUCAAGCGGCAACCCGGACGGCCACCGUCGCCGAAGAAGACGGACAUGCCUCCUCCCCCUCGGCCGACUCGGUCAUCCUCUCUAAGGCAGCCGCCGACUCUGAGCGCGGGAACUGCUGUGGCAACUAGAGGACAUACACGACACCGGAGCCAGGUUGUUGCGCCGAGCACGCCCAUGACUCCUCAAACUCCGUCUGCGACAGCUACACCAAAGCAAAGAACUCACUUUAAUACUUAUCAGCAGCACCUCAGUCCGAAGAAGACAGCAAAACCGCCCACGCCAACUCCCUCGACUCCUGCGGUACCCGACGCGGCUUCGUCAUUGAUCCCUUCGUCCUGGCCGGAGAUUGCGGCGUUACAGACUGAGCUUCUGCAACUGAGCCUGCUACACAAAUCUACAUGGCAGCAGAGCAUACAAUGUGAAACUGAUGCCGAGGCUCAACUACGCGGUAAAUACGACUCAGUCGCGAAAGAUUACAGAGUAAUCCUGGACAAGGAGAAAGAGUCACAAAGGAGAUUCAAUGGGCAGGCGUUGUUUUACUGGCUGAAAAAUUCGCGCGAACAUAAUGGACAGCAAGGAUUUGCGGAACAAUUGCAGGUUCUAUCACAAGUGGCCCAGGAAGUGUAUGAUAUUGCGGACGACGGCAGAGGUCGUUAUACAGUGGCCAUUCUAGAGUUUGAGGACUGGCUUCACAACGUCGACGGAAUCAAGAAGACUCAACUCCCACACGUAGGGGCCAAUGAAUCUAUGAUAUUCAUUGACCCUAUUGAGUGCAACUGGAAGGAAGAUAUCAAUGCUUUGGUGAUGAGGCUCGAGUUGGCAUCGAGGCAGCUCCAGAGCCUUGAUAUACUCGGCUACGGGGAAGUGGAGCAUCUUGAGAGCUCUGCCUUGCUUCGAAUAGCCAAAAACCUUGAUGAGCUACUCACUUUGAUGGUCGAGGAGUUGAGCUCCAUUCGCAGAAUCGAGGCAAACAUCGUGCAAUCCGAGACAAGACGGGUUAGUCAGCUGGCCCAGCAUUUGAUCGAGACGCAACCACGCGAGAAUCCUACGAGUGCAGUCCCAAGAACUGGUGUCUGGAGAUGA